CCAGCCGAGGCACAGUGGCAAGAGGCGAAGUGGAGUCAGUGCAAUAGAGGCUGUCGACAGCCGUUGUAGCUCGUGCGAGAGUAGGAUUUGUGAGACGUCGGGGCCAGGAUAAGCUGGGGCCAAUGGAGGGCGACGGUUGCGGGUGCAGCCCCCGAGAUUCUUCCAAGAUGAUGCUAGUGGUGCACCCGACAACCGGCGGCCAGCUAGAGGUGUCAGUGUGUCCAAGCGAGUCGGUUGAGUCCCUCAAGAAGCGCAUUAGCAAACGGCUGAAGUUGUCGAAGGAUCGCAUAUGCCUGCUCUACAGGGACAGGCAACUGCGGGACGGUACUCUAGAGGAUAACCAACUGGCCCAUGGCAGCCGACUGACCCUGCUGCCGAAUUGUGAGAGUGGACUCAUGGCACAACGGCCGGAGCAGAGUGUGAUGCAAGCAUUGGAAAGUCUCAGCGACUCGCAGGUGCACGACUUCUUGUCCGGCAAAGCUCCACUGAACCUGACAAUGAGGCUUGGUGAUCACAUGAUGUUGAUACAAUUGCAACUCUCCACCGUGACCCCUUCCUCAAGCCGCAGUUCGUCUUCUUCGUCCUCUUCCUCAGGCGUCAAACGCAGCCGCGAGUCUCCAGCGGUGGCGGUUGUCUCUCCCACCCGCAAGGACUGCUGCUGCGAGCCGCGUCCGCAGAAGACGGGGCACAUCCUUGACACACGGGCCCUCGCUGAAGCCUCGCGCAACCUCACCAAGACUCUCAAACAGCUCUCAUCCGAAGUUCUCACCUCCAGAUCCACAACCACUACUUCUACCACUGUCACUUCCUCGUCGUCCUCCACCACCUCGUCCUCCUCAACGACACCAUCAUCUACCAGUGACGAGGAGAAAAAGAGACAGGGAGCCAUCAUAGAAAGUAUGCACCACCACGGCAAAGGUGUCUAUUCCGGCACAUUUUCUGGUACACUGAAUCCUGCCCUUCAGGAUAAGUUCGGAAGACCGAAGAGGGACAUCUCGACUAUAAUUCACAUUCUAAACGACCUUCUCUGUGCGACACCCCAGUAUCGGGGUGUGUCAAGAAGGCACGCGGCUGCUUCUGCGCAAGUCCAAAAUUCGGACAAUUCAAAUCAAGAAACGCAUACUCCAGAACGGCAUGACGUAGCGAAAAACGCAGAGAACCUGGCGACCAGGUGUAAAAUGGACCGGCUGCGAGUGAUCAUGGAGGAGCGUCAGGCGCGGCGGCGGGCGAGACGCGAGGCUCGCUCAGCACCUUAUGGCCCGUGGACCCCGUCGCCGGAGGUGGCAUCAGCCCCCAGCAGCCCUCAGCAGCAAGCGUGCACCGCCUCGAUUGCCGCCUCCGCUUCCUCGUCCGAGUCGGACGCCAUGGAGACUAGCGAGGAGCUGCACGCGCCAGAGGCGGUGCUCGCCUGAGGACGCCGCGACUCGCCAUCUCAGCGUCUCGCAGAACUUUUUGUUUAGUGAUCGCGCCCGUCCCGAAUGUGCAAAUUCCGGACGGGCUGAGAGUGUGUGUCGUAGUCGCCAGACUCUAUCUCUGUCGUCUGUCCGAGCGCCCCGGUAGCAGCACUGCGCGUCUCUCCUCCCACCCCUCCUCCCUCCGCUUUCCGGCCCAUCGUUUUUUGUUCAGUGACCCGUGUGUCACGAACGGCGCCAAAGAUGUUGUUCUUCUUGAUACUGCUUUCCUUACCUACCCGCCCACCAAUUGUAUAUAUUAUGUAAGUUAAGGUAGGGGUUGUGUGAUGACCUGCCGCGGUUUUUGCGGCGCUUCUAAAUAUGUCGCCCUCUCUCUCACUCUGUUCUUUUCGCCAGCCUUGUACAGUAGUCGUUGCCCCUUAAAGGCGCAAACAUCGCAGGCCCAGUGCUGCUGCCCACUAUUGAAACAAUGUAAUUAUUAUUACUAUAUCUGUGGCUGAGUUCAAAAAGAAAUCCGAUUACACAAAUUUAAUAAUUUAGAAAACGAAAUGGAGUCUGUCGACUGGCUGCCUGCUGGCAACAAAUGUAAAUUGUGCAAAGAGUUCAGUUGUCUUAUAUUUAGAAUAAGGAUAGACAUGGAUCAGAGGAGCUUUUAAAAAUUCAGGCCCUCCUCUUUAUGAUGAUUAUCAUUGUCCAACAAUGUUCGCUCUUUGGAUUUGCAAAAAGUGCUCCAUUAUCUACGCUACGAUUAGUUUAAAUGAUUGAAACCUUUAUUGUGAGAGCUGACUGGGUGAACUUUGUUAUAAAUUGGCUGGUUGUUUGGUUGAUUGUGCGUUUUCUCAUAUUAAAUCCGAUAGUUCUUAAAUACUGAAAAA